GGGUAGUGGAUGUAGCUGGCCAAUUUCGACAGAGCAGGCAGCAGGAUGGCGACGAGCUACGAGGACAACGUGUGGUUCGCCGCCAAGAUGGGCCGUCUCGACGAGCUCAUGCGGCUUAUCGAGGUCGACGGCCACGCCUUUGACGCGCAGGACGACCAGCUCAAGACGCCCUUCUACUACGCCUGCACCUUCAACCAGCCCGAGGUGCUCCGGUACCUCCAUGGCCUCUACGCCCGCCGAAACGUCGUCAUGCCAGAAGAGCAGCGCGCGUGGUGCAUCGUCAGCUGCCUCAAUAAGGACGUGCGUCUCUUUCUCGAAGGCAAGACGACGAUCGAAGCUGUGAUUGCGGACCGCGCCAAGAAUGCGCACAACGAGACAUUGUCGCCGAUCGCGGCCGCGGCCCAAGGCAACAUGGCACGGCUCCGCUACUUUAUCAAGUCCGAGCCACUGCUCCUCUGGACUGCGGACGCUGCGUCGGGCAAAACGCCGGUCGAGGUCGCUUGCGACGCCGGCCACGCACCCGCAACGGCGACGCUCUUGAGUGCGGCGAAGAAGGACCUGUCGGCUGCGGCGUACGACGACCUCGUCGCACGCUGUGCGGCAGCAACGACGCCCGGUAGCUUUAUGCACCGCGUCGUCCGAGGCGAGGUGCCCAUGAAGGAGAUCAUGGCCGCGCACAAGCAGGCCACACCUGCUCCCGGGCCGCAGACGUAGCUAGCCUCGUUGCAGUGUAUCCAGUAAUGUAUCGGCUUGCGUCGGAAGC